AUGACUCUUAUAACCUCCACCAGCCCUCGCAAUCUCUCUCUGCUGCUGCUGGUCGAUGCCAACGAUCCUAGGACUACCUCCUCCUUCAACUCUCUUCCACCCUUCCUCCGAUCUGUGUCCACAUCACCUCCGGAACUCCUACAUUGUUCUGGAACCUCAGGACAUACCUCAACUCUCACUCCUCUUUCCGGACCUCCUACUGUUGAAAUAACCACCUCAGUUUCCCUAAAAGACCACAUGCAAAUUCCAACACCUACCUCCGGACCUCCACUACCAUACCUCCACCUCCUUGGACCUCUCUUUCAAAAGGAUAUGGAUCUUGGCCACCUACUUGUUGUUGGUAACCCUCAACUUGUCUAUCCAUCCACCUUCUUACUUCUGGUCUCCACACCUCCAGCACCUCCAGUCAUGUACCUCCAGUACCUCCCCACUCCUACCUUACCUCCAGUCACAUUAUUCCUUAUUGUUUUAUCAUUUGAUAUUUUCUACAACCCCAAUAUUCCAGACUACAACUUCCAGGCUCCGGACUCUUCCAGACAUCUUCCCCUGUAG